UUGACUUACAUAACAUGAUAUUCGAUGCUCAUUGGUUCAUAUGAUUUUACACUAUGCAUAUGCAUCUAUCCAAUUUCGUGGGCGAUGACUCUAAUAAAGAAACGCAAUGGCAGUGACGCGUGAUUUUCGAAUCGUAGCUCCGUACGAAUUUUUAUUUUAUCUUUCAGUCGCGAUAUAAUAAAGUGCGUGUCUGAUUAAUGUCGGGAGUGCCGUACAAAAUGCCGCGCGAUCGUCGUAUCCUGAUUAAUGUGGGCACGAUUGUAAUUAAUCGUACUUUCGCGAAUAAGGGUGUCACGAAGGAGCAGCAAAGGAUGAACAAGAGAAGAGAAUCAAGGCCAGACUGUAGGACCUUGGUAGAUGAAGCAACCAUCGGUGUAGCCAUAUCGUCGAAUGCUGAAUGAUUAAUUCCAAUGAUAUGCUAUUUUCAUAAUGAGAGAUGUUAUUCAGUGAUAGUGAUUCGAGCUGUUUACAUAAUGUCAAUUUGAUGAUCUAGCGAUAAACCGUUACCUCGGCUUUCAGUAGCCAAGUAAGCAGCAGUGAGUAAGAAAUUAUUUCUUCGUGCAGUAAACUCAAAUAAAAUAUGUUUGUUGAUUUUCCUGUGUAGAAUCUGUUGUUCUUGGAAGAACUAAUUACUGUUAAAAAAACAAACUGAAAAUAAUGGCCCAAUGGUAUGGGAGAGAUAAGUGCAACGAUUAUGUUAAGCGAAGAUUGCCGGUUCUUACUUGGUUGCCACGGUAUCAAUCCACGUGGAUCUUGCAAGAUGCAUUGGCCGGCAUCACGGUUGGUCUCACUGCUGUACCUCAGGGCAUCGCUUACGGUAUCGUCGCCGGUUUAGGUGCUGAGUAUGGACUGUACGCAGCAUUUAUGGCAUCAUUUAUAUAUAUCAUUUUUGGUUCUUGCGAAAAUAUUACUAUUGGUCCGACAGCCAUAAUGGCUACCAUGAUUCAACCGUUAGUUAAAAAAUACGGUGCUGAUAUAGCUAUACUAAUCACCUUUCUAAAAGGAUGUAUUAUUGCGCUUCUAGGAAUUUUUCAUUUAGGAUUUCUAUUGGAUUUCGUAUCACUUCCGGUGAUCACUGGCUUUACUUCAGCCGCAGCGAUCAACAUCGCAUCCUCGCAAUUUAAAUCCCUUUUGGGCAUUCCUGGUAAAAGUGAAAGUUUUUUGGAUUCUCUGAUAGUGAUAUUUAAAAACCUCUAUCAGAUUCGAUAUCAAGAUACUUUGUUAGGCAUUGCAACAAUCAUUGUGCUAGUGUUGCUCAAGAAUAUACCAGGACGGCGUAUAGGAACAACUUUUCAAAAAAUAGGAUGGCUCCUUGCUUUGUCUCGCAAUGCAUUAGUCGUAAUUAUAGGCACUGUUAUGGCGUAUAUUUUUUAUAUUAACAAUCAAAAUCCUUUCAAAUUAACGGGUUCGAUGGGUCAGGGUUUACCACCGUUCGCUCCUCCACCAUUUUCUACCACAUUUCAAAAUAGUACAUAUAAUUUUUUGGAAAUGUCCACCGCAAUGGGAACAACAUUGUUUACGAUACCAAUCAUAUCGACCAUUGAGCAUAUGGCCAUUGCAAAAGCUUUUAGAAAGGGCAAACCUUUAGAUGCUACGCAGGAGAUGAUCGCCCUAGGAAUUUGCAAUAUUUUCGGAUCGUUUGUCCGUUCGAUGCCAGUUACAGGAUCUUUCACACGAACGGCCGUCAAUGAUGCAUCGGGUGUCAAAACUCCAUUGGGAGGAAUAUUUACAGGCGGUCUGGUAUUGCUCGCGGUUAGUUUAUUGACUUCUACUUUCUACUUUAUACCAAAGGCGACGCUCGCCGGCCUCAUCAUAUGUGCCAUGUACUACAUGCUUGAUUUUCCGACAUACGUUUUACUAUGGCGUGCCAAAAAGAUCGAUUUCUUUGUGAUGAUGCUGACAUUAAUUCCAUGUGUUUUUCUUGGUUUGGAGUAUGGUAUCUUAAUUGGCAUCGUUGUCAAUCUUAUAGCUUUAUUAUAUUACUCAGCGCGACCUAUCAUUGAGAUGAAAAUUGAACAGAUUGAUGGGGAAACCGUAAUAGUUGUAAUACCCGAAGAGGCGGUAGCUUUUCCAGCGGCAGAACGACUGCGUGCUAACAUAAUGAGGCUUUCUGGAGAGAGUGAAUGCAAUGUGAUACUUGAUUGUAAGAAUCUGAAGAGGAUCGAUGUUACGGUUGCUAAGAUUAUCAAGCUUCUAGCAAAGGACCUUUCGGUACGUGGACAAAGCAUUGUUUGCAGUAAUUGCUGCGAAAGUGUGAAUGCCACUUUGAAGAUCGUAACGCCGGAACUAUUAAACUUCGAGGGAAAAAGGACUAUCUGAGAAAAAAUCACCUAUCUGUAGGCAUUACACGAUUUUUACAAAUAUGGAUAUGACUGCAUUUAGAUGUCUAUGAUGUGAGGCUAAUAAAUAAUAUCGUACAGGAAUCCUCUUUCAUUAUGCAAUGGACCCUCCUUCUUGGUUACACCUCGAUGCAAGGUUGACUUUGAAUGAUUGAAUGAUUGAUCGACGCCGACUGACGUGGCUGACGUACUUGGUUGAUUUGUAAAAAUAUUGCUCAUACUGGGUACACUCAUUUGAUUUAUCG